UUGUUUAUCUUGCAGGCUGUUUGUUUGAAAUGCUCUCCGACUAGUUAACCUGCUUUCUUUCACCCCCCUCCUUACAGCCUUUUGAUAUUUUUCAGUUUGACUCUUUCCCAGCCGUGAACGCUGAGGAGAGUUUUCGCAUUGACCUUCUCCACUCUUCUUUUUUUCCCCUCUUUGUGAUUGAAUUUGAUCUUUGUGUGUGUGUGUGUGUUUCCUUCAGCUGAUAUCGAGUAGCACUGAAACAGAAAAACAAAAAAAACAGGGUCAGGACUCCUCGGUUUCUCUCCUCCAUCACCUGCCGUGUUUGCCUCCUCCUGCAGACGUUUUGAGCGCCAUGGCGACCGAAGUGGAUACGUGGUCCACCAAUGCUCCUCAAGCCGACGGGAUGUUCUCUUUCGACAACAACCUGGCGGAGGCCAACCACCCCUACAGCGGCGACGAAGACGUGAACGACGCGGAGGUGAACGGCAACUGGACGCCUCAGGAGAAGGCUCUCCACGAGGCGCGCCUCAAAGCCAAAGCCAAGCGCCGCCUGCGCAAGUCCUCGUCCCGCAACUCCACCAGCGAGUCCUUCUCCGAGUCAGGAGAUGUGGUAGGAGGUGACCCAAACAGUCCAAAGGGCAAAGUCAACACCAACGACCGCAAAUCCAGGACGGGCAAAGGCAGAGGCCUGCCCAAAAAAGGUGGAGCAGGUGGUAAAGGAGUUUGGGGGGCUGCUGGGAUGGUUUAUGAAGAUGAGGAGCCUGAUGUACGGGACCCCAACUAUGAUGAAUCUGCUCAGGGGGACACAGUUUAUGCAACAGUUGUACCAGAAGUGGAUGAGAGGGAACUGGAGAAAAUGGUCAACCCAAUUGUUCAGGAGUACUUUGAACAUGGAGACACAAAAGAGGUCCAGAUGUUGCUGAAGGGGCUCAACCUCGGCCCGCAUAAGUACGAGUUCUCCUCCCUGGCUGUGUCCCUGGCCCUCGAAGGCAAGGCCAGCCACAGAGAGCUGACCUCCCGUCUGCUCUCGGAUCUGUCGGGCAAGCUGCUGUCACAAAGUGACAUGGCCCGCGCCUUCGAUAAGAUGCUCAAAGAGCUGCCAGACCUCAUACUGGACACACCGGAGGCUCCACAGAUGUUGGGCCAGUUCAUAGCCAGAGCCAUUGCGGACCACAUCCUGCCCAUGUCUUUCCUGGACUGUUACAAGGGCAAAGUGGACUGUGACCAUGCCAGAGUUGCUUUGGACCGUGCUGCGGUGCUGCUGACUAUGAAGAGGGAGAUGAUGCGUCUAGAUAACGUGUGGGGCGUGGGCGGAGGCCUGAGACCCGUCAAACAUCUCAUCAAGGAGAUGAACCUUCUGCUCAAGGAGUACCUGAUCUCAGGAGAUGUGGCCGAGGCAGAGCACUGUCUGCGGGACCUGGAAGUACCACACUUCCACCACGAGCUGGUCUACGAGACUAUAGUGAUGGUGCUGGAGUCCAAAGGCGACACUGCCAGUCAUAUGAUGAUAAAACUGCUGAAGUCUUUCUGGAAAACAGGCCUCAUCACUGUGGAUCAGAUGAACAGGGGCUUCGAGCGUGUUUACAACGAGCUGCCUGAAAUCAGCCUCGACGUGCCACAUGCCCACUCCCUCAUGGAGAGCUUCGUGGACCUCUGCUACAAGGAGUCUGUCAUCACCAAACAGCUGAGGGAUGCCUGUCCCUCCAGAGGGCGGAAGCGUUUUGUAAGCGAAGGAGACGGAGGCGUGAUCAAGACCUAACCCGCCAGAGGAAGAGGAAGAGCAGGAGGAGGAGGAGGAGGAGGAAGGGUGUCUACAGGUUCUCGCACCCUGUUUCCACUCCAGCAUGUUCUCCCUUAAAGCGGGCAUGCUGGCAGUCUAAAGUUUCCUUGUUCCUCUCUUGAUAAUGUUGUCAUUACACAAACCAGCGUUGACGUUUGGUGAAAGUAGACUGAAGAGUGGUAUGGGCGUUCAGUUCCCUUCAUCUUGUUAAUCACUGUUUAUGACAAUUUUUUUUUUUUUGGAAGAAUAUACUUUAUUUCUGGGGUUGAUGCGCCCUUUAUGCCUCAGUCUUCUCAGUUUCUGGUGCAAUUCAUGUCAGAGCGGCAGAGAGACGCGUGGACAGGCUGAGGAAGUGUGGGAGAUGAAUCGGGGCGUUUUUGUCUCUUGCUUUGCUUCAUGUUGCCAUGUCUGUAUUUUUUUUCUUUUUCACGCGAUGCGCUAUAAAUGAAAACAGCACUUAAAAGACAGAGCGUUCUGUACAGUCAGUGAGCACUUAGUAAUUUAGCUCAACAGCAAAGAUCUUUUUUUUUUUUCUUUUUUUUUCUGCCAUAAAUAAUUUGAAGUAAUUUCAAGGACAACAUGCUUUAUAGCUUCUGGUUCAAGUGGUUCUAUUAAUCCUUUAUGAACAGUGUUUUUUUUGUUCUCUUUUUCUUUGGUUCUUGGUCGCUGAGGCCAAAUGUUCACUUUGUAAAGCACACAGACGUCAGAGCAAUAAGUGCUUUGGCUCUGUUUGGGUGUUUAUUUGAAAUUUGCAUUAGGGCAAAUAUACUUCAGAAGCCCUUUUUUGGAAAAUAAAUUGGGGCUAAUGUGUGUUUAAAAAAAAAAAAAAAAAAAGAAAGAAAAGAAAAAAA